GGAUAAGAGAAGCGGGAGGAAGAAAGGAGAAGACACCAGUCCUUUAUUCAAACAGAAGGCCAAAGACGCAGGAUGGUCGGGCAAAUGCUUCGUGAAGGCAUCCUCGAUGGCACUACCGACCAUUUAUAUAAAUAGGCGUCAGGAAAACGGAAAACCCUAUACUGGUCUAGCACCAGAGCAACUUACGCGCGUAUUGCGUAGAACCAGCCAUGGCUGGGAAAAACCGACCGUGUAUUAAAAAAGGGGCAGUGUACGUUGCAGCCAUGUGUAAUUCUACUCAUCGGUGCCAUCACGCGGUGCAGACUUGAGGCCCAGCUCCAGCUGCUGGCACUCCAUGCUCUCGUUAAUCUCCCCGCCAGAUAGGCGCAGCAGACAUUGUAUGUGAAACACUGCGAGCAUCGUACAACAUCGGGCGGACCGGCUGCGCCGUCUAUCGCGUCCAUGCUACAAGCCACGGGACAAGGAAAACAGCACCAAAGGGAUGAUCGGGAGGAUGGAGGACUGGGGGAAGGAGGAAGGCUGUGCGUUGGAAGGCGCGGGUGGCACACCGAGGACGCGCGGGUCUUGGAGAGGGGAGAAGGAGGAUGAGAAGGAGGAGGAGGAAGAUGAGGAGGAGUGCCGAUAUCACUGCCGACGAAUUAUGGCCGAAGUUUGUACGGCCUCUGGCAUGAGGGAAGGGCUGCCCGAGAACUUCACGUCCAGGUCUCGCGAGAGCUCACCGGUGAAGAUCUGCUCCUCGCCGUCGGCGUGA